AUGUCCGUACCUCUCCAAUCCUCACGCACGACACCCCAUGUGCCAGCUCUCCUUUUCCCCUCAGUUCCAUUUUCCAUUUUCAUCGUCAAACUCCCCCACACUCACUGCCCCCCAGUGGCUUCCCACUUCAACUUUCUCUUCCAAGAAUUCAACCUCCUCCCCUCUCUCUCCCCAUUCCGUUCCCUUGUCCUAUGUCUGACUGCUCUUUCAUACCCUCCUGUCGUCUCCCAUCCAUUUUGUCAUGACCUGAGCAACAACCGUCUACAUGGAACCAUCCCCACUCAGUACACCGGCCUUGUUUGCCUCACUCUACUGUGCGUCCACCCCAUCGGCCACAUCCCUCUCAUCCCCAUCCACCAUUCUCUCCCCCCUCCCCCGCCUUGUCUCUCCUCCUUAAUGCCUGCUAAUUCGCAAGAAUUCAUACAUACCUUACACAACCUGCGCAACAACCAGCUGACAGGCCCCGUACUGCAGCCCAUCCCAGCAAACCUCACCGUCUACGAUCUCGACAACAACUACCUCUCCUCAGGCUUCUCCUCCCCGCCCAACUGCUCUGAACGCUCCAUCUCCUUCCGCUUCAACUGUCUUAGAAUACCCACCCAAGGGUACUCCUGCCCCACGCCUGCCACUCCCUCUGGUGCAGAGGCAGCGGUACAGCGACCAGAAGAGCUCUGUGAUGUAUUUUGCGGCGUGAGUGCUGCCGAUCCCCCGUGCGGCGGGCAUGGCUCGUGCUAUGCGGACGGGCCUAACAGAGUGCCCACGUGUGCCUGCAACGCCGGGUUUGUCAACGGGGAGCUGCCUGGAAGCUGCGUCCCUGAAGGAAGUCAAGAGGGUGGCGCAGUAGCCGUGCAGCCAACAGCAGCACAGACAAUAGUGAAGGGGGGGGCAGCAGUGGCAAGCAACGGGAACAUCACGCUCACAGCCUCACAGCCCAACACGUGGGGUGCAGCGUUUUUCAAGCUCCCCGUCCCACUCUUCUCCUUCGCCCUUAAGGCUGGUGAUUGUGGCCGCUCCUUGGCCUUCACCAUCUAUUUCUCCUCCAUUCUCAAACCAGCCACCGCAAGAAAGGCAGCGCCCACAGCUGCGGGAGAUGCAGGAGAUGGGUUUGCCUUAGUGAUUUCCGCCAGUACCUCUGUCACGGGCGGCAGCAGUGGCAGCAACAACAGCAGUGGGGGCAGCGGCAGCUUGGGGUAUGCAGGCAUGGAUGAGCGCAGCAUUGCAGUGGAGUUUGAUUCUGCGAAGAGCACCGACGCCAACAACCCAGACAACAACCACGUAGGAAUGAGUGUGAGGGGCAACACCUCUUCCAUCGCAACUGCCAAAGCGCCCUUCACUCUCAACGACGGCAAGCCAAAGCAUGCCUGGAUUGUCUUCGACCCCUCUCCUUCCUCCUCUAGUACUACUGGCGGUGCCGGUGAUGGCUAUGACAGCAGCAGCAGCAGUGGCACAGGGUUGCUGCAAAUAUUUUUGUCGAGAAAAGCAUCCCCCCAGCCUAGAAAGGCAGUGGUGUCAAUGCAGGUGUCGCUGUGCGAGUUCCUGCAGCCCAGUGCAGCCGAGGCGUCGUUCCGCAUGGGCUUCUCUGCUUCCUCCUCCGACUCCCCACAGCAGCACUUCAUCCUCACCUGGAACAUCACCACAGGCCUCCCGGAAUCAACCACACUUACAGGCCAACAAUUUGGGUUCAGGUUCAGUGAGGCAUCGCUGUCACCAGUGGGGGCGAAUCCUUUUUUCCGCUACGCCAGUGUGGGCGUGCAGGCACUGCAGCCAGGAGGAGGGGGAGAAAGCGGGGGAGGCGGAGGGGGUAAGGAGGAGGAGGUGUGGGUUGUGAGCCAGGCGUUCUCUUGGGCUGACCAGGGGCUGCCGUGGCCCAUCCAGAACCAGGGCGCCUGCGGCGACUGCUGGGCAUAUGCGGUGGUGGGCAGCAUAGAAGUGGCCUACAGCAUUCUCUUCAACCUCUCCACCGUGCCGCUCCUCUCUGUCUCCCAGCUGCGUGAAGCCCUUGGCGCCUCAUGCUCUCAGGGAAAUUCGCCUUCACAGGCCUUCCAGUACCUCGUCACUCUUAACACCAAGAGCAAAGUGGGGCUCAUGGAGGAUGCGGCUGGAGUGGUGGUGAGAGGGAGGAAAGGCAGGAAGAGCAGCAGCCAGAGCCCGCUCUGUGGCAUGCCUGUCUUUGCUCUGCUCUUGCAAGCGCUUGGGGUCUCCUGCAGCAAAGGCCGGACCCCUGGAUUGAGCAAGCCAUCGGGGGGGCCGUUCGGGGUGAACGGGUUUGAGCGCACGGCGUUCCACGGCUGGUUUGGGCUGCUGCUGGCCGUGCAGCGACAGCCCGUGGUGGUGCAUGUGCAGGCCACUGCCCCUUCUUUUCUCAACCACGAUGGGCUAUCCAAGUACGCGGACCCAGAGUGCUUCACGUACAACCUGAACCACGUGGUGCUGCUGGUGGGCUAUCGCCUCACCGGCUUAGACCCCACCUUCCCACACAUGGCGCCGCCCUUUUGGAUCAUCCGCAACUCAUGGGGCCCGGAGUGGGGCGACGGCGGGCACAUGCGGAUGGACAUUCAGGGGGGCGACGGCGUGUGUGGGAUCAACACGCUGCCUGGGAUCUACCCGGUGGUGCGCGCUGCCAAGGACCCCUGCAACGUCAACGGCACCACCAGUGGGGUGUUUGGGCCGCUCUUCAACCCCUGUGGCAACUUUACGUGUACGCCCACGCCUGAUGGGGCCAGCAACCACUGCGACUGUAACGACCUGCGAUUCGUCGAGGCUCUUCAACCGGACAACUCGCGCACCUGUGCUUACAGUGAGCUCUCUCUCUCCUGUUCUUACAAGGACGCGUGCAGGGCAGUGGUGCACAAUCCAUGUGCAGUGGGCACGUGUGUGAAUGAUGGCAAGGGGUCGUACUUGUGUGUGUGUCCUCUGGGUUUCAGGCAGGGCACCACCGUUGAUGGCACCUUCUCCUGUGGUCCAGGCGACCCCAGCAGCACAUACACGGUGGUGUCGUGGGGUGUCACGUGUGCCGACAUCAACCCCGUCUACGGCCUCACUCUCGCUCAGCUCCAACAACAGAACCCCGGUCUGAGCUGCAGCGCUCCUCUUGCUGUCGGCACGGUGGUGAACGUGGUCCAGCCACCAAACCUCACGCCAUGCGCCAUUUACUACACCACGUCCCAGUCACUCUGCCUACUCCAAAACUUCACACCAUUCUACUUCUUCUUCUUCUUCUUCUUCUUCUUCUUCUUCUUCUUCUUCUUCUUCUUCUUCUUCUUCUUCUUCUUCUUCUUCUUCUUCUUCUUCUUCUUCUUCUUCUUCUUCUUCUCCUCCUCCUCCUCCUCCUCCUCCUCCUCCUCCUUCUUCCUCUCCCACCCUUCUUCUCUUCCCACCCUCCUUGCUCUCUUCUCCUCCUCCCUCUCACCGUCUUCCCACCAGGGAAACACUCCCCUGGACUGCUUUUCCGCCUGUUCCCCUCCUCUUGUCUCCUUUCAUCCUGAUCUUUCGUCCUUGCCUCUCAUCCUCCGUUCUCCUUCCAACAUUCCCCCCACUUCUCCUCUCCCCCCCUCCCUUCCAUCCCCCCAGGGCGACACAUGUGAGUCGCUAGCUAUCUACUUCUCCCUCACCGCCGGAUGCCCUACUCCCACUGAGCCCUGCGCAGCGGCCUUCCAGGCGCUCAACCCCGGGCUGGACUGCUCCGGCAGCGGGGAGCUGGUGGGCAGCCAGGCGGUGUGUGUUGAGCGGCGGGCGGAGAGUGCAGCGGUGCUGCUCAUCCCGAUGUGCUCGCAGUUCUAUCUGGUGCAGGCCAGGGAGACGUGCGACCAGAUCCGCUCCGUGCCCGCCCCGCCGCUCUCCCCUCUCGAGUUCUUCCGCCUCAACCCCGGCAUCAAGUGCAGCCGCCUCGUGCCCAAGACUGACGUCGGCAUCCUCACAGGCUUCGAGGUCUCCCACUCCUCUCCUCCCGCACCCUUCCCCCAAACCACCCUAUUCCCGCAUCGCCUUCCCUUCCCCUUUCCCACACUCUUCCUCCUUCCACUCUCUCCCCUCUUCCCCCCUCUUAAUCCCAGCACCAUUUCCCUUUCCUCCCUGCCCCUAUCCUCUUGCGUCUGCUUUCCCCUCCUACCAGCCCCUGGGCAUGCUGGUUAA